AUGGAGAAAGUUGAAACUGGAAUUCGUUACAACGAAGGACACUAUAAAAUUCCUCUGCCUUUCAGAACUAACGAUGUUACGAUGCCUAACAAUAAAGUCCAAGCAAUCAAGCGAGCGGAAUGGCAAAAAAGGAAAAUGUUAAAGAACGAACAGUAUCAACGAGAUUACACGGUGUUUAUGGAAGAAGUUAUCGCUAAGGGUUACGCAGAGAAAGUACCUUCACCAUCUUCAUCUGAGAAUGGGAAAGUUUGGUACAUCCCACAUCACGGCGUGUACCACCCGAAAAAGCCAGAAAAAAUCCGCGUUGUAUUCGACUGUAGUUUUCAAUUUCAAGGAACCUCUAUUAACGAUCAACUGCUCCCUGGUCCGAACCUUACCAACACGUUAAUCGGCGUUUUAAUUCGAUUCGGACAAGAUCCAAUAGCUUUCAUGGCUGACAUCGAAGCUAUGUUUUAUCAAGUGCAAGUACCUCUCAGCCAACGUGAUUUCCUGCGAUUCUUGUGGUGGCCCAAUGGCGAUUUAAACUCGAACAUGCAAGAAUAUCGUAUGACGGUGCAUUUGUUUGGUGCUGUCUCCUCGCCAAGCUGCUCAAACUACGCUCUAAGGAAAACUGCGUCCGAUAACGAGAAAGAGUUUGGUCAACAAGUCGCAAGAACAAUUGAGCGCAAUUUCUAUGUAGACGACUGCCUAAAAUCUAACGGAAACACAACGACGGCAAUCAACUUAAUUAAAGAUUUACGUCAUGCGUGUGCUAACGGAGGAUUUCACUUGACGAAGUUUACAAGCAAUUCUGGUUCUGUAUUGCGGUCGAUACCAGAGAAAGACCGGUCAAAAGGAUUAAAAAAUCUAGACUUGAUUCAUGAUAAGCUUCCACUAGAACGUGCUCUUGGAGUCCAUUGGUCCAUAGAAUCUGACACAAUUGAAUUUUGCAUAACGUUGAGCUCCAAACCAGUUACCAGAAGAGGAAUUUUGUCAACGGUGUCUUCACUUUACGAUCCUUUGGGUUUUGCUGCUCCAUUUACUUUGCCUGCAAAGAAGCUCUUGCAAGAGCUUUGUCAAUUACAGCGUUUGGGUUUGGACGACGAAAUUCCACAUGAGUAUGAAGUUUGCUGGUCCAAAUGGAAAAAUGACAUACAAAUUAUUUCUCAAGUUCAAGUCAACCGAAGUUUUAUACCGCCGAGCUUUGGAAAAGUCGUGUCGAGACAGUUUCAUCUAUUCUCCGAUGCAAGCCUUUAUGGAUACGGUUCGGUCGCCUAUCUUCGUUUGAAAGAUGAUGAAGGAAGAAUUCAUUGUGCCUUCCUAAUGGGUAAGUCCCGUCUUGCUCCGGUGAAAGUCGUGACCAUACCACGUUUAGAGCUCGUGGCGGUAGUCUUGUCCGCACGUCUGGGUCGAUUGCCUACUGAUGAAAUUGAAGAUAAGCCUGACAUUAGAAUAUACCACACUGACUCGACUACCGUCCUCCGAUACAUCCUGAACGAACAUACGAGAUUCCAUGUAUUCGUAGCAAACCGAGUGCAACAGAUACGAGAUUUGACUGACCAAACACAGUGGAGAUAUGUGCAAUCCAGCGACAAUCCAGCAGAUCACGCUUCAAGAGGACUAGACAGAAAGUCCUUUCCCCAGCUACACCAAUGGAUCCAGGGUCCAGAUUUUCUAUGGAAAGAAGAAGCAGAAUGGCCAGAACAACCGUUAUCAUUGAGUGAAGCAUCGAUCAACGAUCUAGAAGUUAAGAAAGCCGUUAGCAGCUUAGCGGUUAAGGUUGACAAUUCUCUGUCUUCAAUCAACAAAUUAAUUGAAUAUUAUUCAGACUGGUAUCGCUUAAGGAAGGCUGUUGCAAUAAUGCUCCGAGUUCGCAAGUUGCUCAAAGAACGAAGAUUACGAAACAAAGCACGUAACCUGCAACAAUUGACAGUGGAUGGCAAGAACCGAAUCUCAAAGGGAAGAAAGCCACUACCAUUAGUACCACCAAUGACACUACAAGAGUUAAAAGAAGCUGAAGAUGCAAUUAUUCGAUGUGUUCAAGAACAGUCGUACGGAGAAGAAAUACGAGCCAUCAAUGACAUCAUGAAAUCAGAUGAAACGGUAGUAAGAAAAUUAGAGAAACAAAAAAAAGCUCAGAUUAAGAAGACAAGUUCUAUCCAUCGACUCAACCCAUUCCUCUCUCAAGGCAUUCUUCGCGUUGGUGGUCGUCUCUCCAAAGCCGACUUGCAAGAGGAAACGAAAUACCCUUGUAUCCUGCCACCGAAAAAUCAUGUAACAACGCUUAUAAUUCGUCAUAUUCAUCACAGUUUGGGUCAUGCUGGACGUGCUCAUGUUUUAGUCGCCUUAAGAGAAAGAUAUUGGAUAGUCAGUGCCAAUUCAGCCGUCCGUAGCUGUCUGUACAAAUGCAUAACAUGUCGCCGGAUCAGCGCAUCACCAACUGAGCAGAAGAUGGUUGACCUUCCCGUGGAACGAGUGAAUCCAGUUCCUCCGUUUACCUAUGUUGGCGUAGAUUAUUUUGGCCCAUUCUACAUUAAAGACGGAAGGAAAGUCUUGAAAAGAUAUGGAGCUCUCUUUACUUGUCUCUCAAGUCGAGCGAUUCAUAUUGAAGUCUCUAAUUCACUUGACACCGACUCAUUCAUCCAUGCAUUAAGGCGAUUUGUGGCUCGACGAGGACCAGUUCAACAAAUUAGAUGCGAUAAUGGAACAAAUUUCGUCGGUGCAAAAUCAGAGCUUGACAAGUCCUUUGCUCAGAUGAAUCAUUUAAGAAUUCAAAGCAAGAUGAAUCAAAUGAACAUUGAAUGGCGAUUCAAUCCUCCAGCAGCAAGCCACAUGGGCGGGGUCUGGGAAAGACAAAUCAGAAGCGUACGCAAGAUCUUAGCUGGGAUACUUCUCGAAAAUGGGAAACAACUGGAUGAUGAGUCAUUUCAUACAUUACUAUGUGAAGUAGAAGCUAUUAUUAACUCUCGGCCUUUAACUUUCCCAUCCAGUGAUCCAGACGACCUAACCCCAAUAACUCCGAGCAAUAUCCUUACAGUGAAAACGAAGAUAAUUCUACCUCCUCCUGGUGUAUUCGAACGCGAAGACCUAUACGCACGUCGUCGUUGGCGCCGUGUACAAUACUUAGCCAAUCUAUUUUGGAGCAGAUGGAAGAAGGAAUAUUUGUUAUUACUUCAACAAAGGCAUAAAUGGACAACAACUAGACGGAAUGUAGCAGUAGGUGAUGUAGUUCUUCUUAAAGACGAGAAUUUAUCAAGGAACGUUUGGUCGAUGGGACGUGUCACUGCUACAAAUCCAGAUUCUGCUGGGUACGUGAGAAGCGUAGUUUUAAGAACAUCCAACGCAGAGCUUCACCGUCCAAUUUCGAAACUGGUGGUGUUAUUAGAGAAAAGUGACACCGAAGAGCUGUGA